GCGCAGAUGAGAGGAACCCGUCCACCGCCAGCUCAGCUGACAACAGCAGCAACUCUACAGCAGCCAGAAGAUGAUGGCAGACUCUGGAAGCAGCGAAGAAGUAGCUGUGAUCGGCAACAUCGACCUCACUUCAUCGGAAUCAGAGAACAACAUUAUAAACACGAUGGUGGAAAGAGGGACAGCUCUGUUGAGAAAAAUGGAAAUAAAUGUGGCAGAGGCAGAGAAGAGAACAGGGAAGAACACAGUUAACAUGCAGGAAACCUAUACUGUCUACCUCAUAGAAACACGGCCAGCUGAAACUGUCCCAGACGGAGGUACGCCAGCUGCACCUGACACUUUGUGGAGACGCUACAGUGAAUUUGAGUUGCUCAGAACGUACCUCUUGGUCACCUACCCCUACAUCAUCAUCCCUCCACUACCAGAGAAAAGGGCAGAGUUUGUGUGGCACAAGCUAUCAGCAGACAACCUCGACCCAGACUUUGUUGAACGAAGGAGAGUCGGCCUGGAAAACUUUCUGUUGCGUGUUGCAUCACAUCCAGUCCUUUCGAAUGACGAAAUCUUCUUCCGCUUUCUCACAGAGGAGAAGGGAUGGAGGGAGGCAGUUUUGGAGACAGGUUUCCAAGACAAGGCUGACUCCAGACUAAAAUCUCUGAGUGCCAUGUUCAGAGUUAAGAACCCUGACAAGCGAUUCACAGCUCUGAAACACUACAGUGAUGAGCUGAAUACUGUCAUCUCUCAGUUACUCAGGGUGCGGGCGAGAGUAGCAGACAGGUUGUAUGGAGUUUACAAGGUCCACGGUAACUACGGCAGAGUCUUUAGUGAGUGGAGUGCUAUAGAAAAAGAGAUGGGAGAUGGACUACAGAGUGCUGGCCACCACAUGGACACGUAUGCUUCAUCAAUAGACGACAUUCUGGAGGAAGAAGAGCACUAUGCAGAUCAACUGAAAGAAUACCUCUUCUACACUGAUGCUGUCAGGUCAGUAUGUAGGAAACAUGAGUUGAUCCAGUAUGAGCUGGAGAUGGCAGCUCAGGACCUCGCCCAUAAGAAGCAACAGAAAGAAGAACUGGCCACUGGGACAGUGCGAGUCUUUUCUCUGAAGGGGAUGACCAGUAAACUAUUUGGCCAGGAGAGCCAGGAGCAGAGGGAGAGCAGGUUGGCAGCCCUGGAGCAGAGUAUACAGGAGGGAGAGGAGGCAGUCAAGGAGAAGAACGCGGAGUGCCAAGAGUUUGUGAGAACAGCCUGGGAAGACAUUGAACGUUUCAAGGAGCAGAAGGACAGAGAUCUGCGUGAGGCAUUAAUCAGCUAUGCCAUUAUGCAGAUCAGCAUGUGUAAGAAGGGAAUCCAGGUGUGGUCCAAUGCAAAGGAGUGUUUCAACAAAAUGUGAGCCACCUCCCCAGCCAAUCACACUUUGCAGCCAAAUAGUGGUCAAUCAGGUCGUGCCGACCGUGAGCAUCAGCCAUUCAUUAUACUGCAGUCUUAUGGCAGUGGACCGUGGAAGCCUAAAUACUGCUUUCUUUUUGUUUGCUGCGCUACAUUGAAGCUACUGAGAAUUACUCUGCCUCCUUUUCUGUCUCUUCUUCUCUCACACACAUGCACACAGUACAUUUAUUUAGAAAAAAGUCUGAAUCAUUUUGCGAUGCAUAAUGCCUUUUUAAUCCAAGGGUCUUAACAGUGCCACUCUAUUGACACUGCUGAUGUUAUCUUCAUACUGCAGACAAUCCAAAUUGCCCAUACCUGUUCUCAGUGGCACAACUGACAGCAUGUCCAAGAGGAAAAUCCUGCACUAAUGUAGUAUAGUGCAGCGUAACCCUUCUCUUGACCUGUCUCUCACCCUGAGAAUAACAAAUACAGAGCAGUGCCACUUAAUAUUCAGACACGAAAAGCUGUACAUUUCAGCCAGUGGUUCAUCUGACUCAUUUUAGAAUUACUUGCCUUGGAAAGAUUGAAACUGUGGUAUGUGCUUUUCCAUUUUUCACUUAGAGAGAUCUUACUUGCAGGUAGGUUUGUCACUCUAAUUAAACUAUAGUUGGAUGUUGAUUGACAACAAAGUGAAAAAGACAACUUCUUGUUAUUGAUAGCACUAUUGAUGAACAUCCUGUUUACAUUGGAGCUAAUUUAGCACAACUAAGCUCUCUUACUUGUCAUUGCACCAAAAUGUUUACUUUAAUAAUUGGUCAGAACGUCAUAUCUGCUAGAACAACUUAAAGCUGGAAUAUUUUGUAAUGACAAAAUGUUGCCAGGGAUUUGCCACAGACUUCUUGGACCAUGCUUAAGAAAAAACAUGGACCACACACUUCAGAAAGCCACUACACAUUCACAUUUCCUGAUUUGCUCUUUCAUGAAGUACAUUGUAUAGGUUUUCAUGCUGAAGUCAGUCUUUAUGCUGGUAUUGAUCGAUAGCUGACCAAAGUGCUUAUGACCAAGUACCCGUAUAAUACAGAUCACAGGUGGGAAGCAUAGAGGAAGCAGGGACUAGCGAGGUUGGGGUAGUCUUAGUAAUUGAUUUUUUUGUUCUUAUUUUUUGUGCCAAAAGUGAAGAGCCACAGGGAGGUGCAGUCAGGAUGACCCCAGGCUGUUUUGAUUACAGUGGCUUUGUUUUUCUUGGAGACUUUCUGAAAAAUUGAAACAUGGCACCCCACAAACCUCCUUGAUCUCACAAGUGCAACCAUAAAUGUUGUUUAAAGCACCACACAUACAGAUCAAUAGCAGAGCCUUUUCAUUGCUGUCAGGGCUUUAUAUCUUAUUAUGAACAUUGGUUUUGUACAACAGGGGAAGGACAAAAAAAAGUUGUUGACCUUCUAGGUCUCACCUGUUUUUCUGAUAUUAACUCACUGCACUAAAGAGAUCUGAGUUCCAAGCAUGCCUCUGGUCGGUGUUUAUGAAAUGAUCUGGCAACUGAAAGUCAUGCUGAGAUUAUUUUCUGUCAGCAAAUCCAACCUUUUUUCAGAAUGAAUAUAAUCAGUUUACUGAAAUAAUCACAAAUUGAGGCUUUAUGUCUGUUUUUAUAAUAAACAUGUUAAAUGAGAGAUUGUUUUUAUGUUUCUGUAAUCACUGUGCUAAGACACUAAUAAACAUAUUUCUUUUUGAACUA